ACUGCGCCGAGUGCAGCCCUUCCUGGGCGGCCCCGGGAGCGGGCGGGGCGGCGGAGCGGGACGCAGCGGGAGCCCAUGGCCGGAGCGGAGCGGCUGCAGCGGUGGCUCAAUGAAGCCACCGAUCCAAGUGUCCCCGAGGAGAAAUGGGAAUGCAUCCAACAGUUCUGCUCGCAGCUGAACGCGGACACGGAGGGCCCACCGCUGGCAGCGCGACUGCUGGCACACAAGAUACAGUCGCCCCAGGAGGUGGAAGCUCUCCAUGCGCUGACAGUGCUGGAGACGUGCGUGAAUAACUGCGGUGAGAAAUUUCACAAUGAAAUAGCAAAGUUCCGGUUUCUGAAUGAGCUGAUUAAAGUGCUGUCCCCAAAGUACUAUGGAACCUGGUCAUCAGAAAAAGUCAAGUCCAGAGUGACUGAAAUAAUAUUCAGUUGGACGGUUUGGUUUCCUCAGGAAGUUAAAAUCCGGGAUGCUUAUCAGAUGUUGAAGAAACAAGGGAUUGUAAAAGAAGACCCCAAGUUGCCAGAGGACAAAAUCUUACCUCCCCCUUCUCCAAGACCUCAGAACUCCAUCUUUGACACUGAUGAAGAGAAAUCCAAGCUCCUAGCAAGGCUGUUGAAGAGUAAUCAUGCUGAGGACCUGCAGGCUGCCAACCGGUUGAUCAAGAGCAUGAUCAAGGAGGAGCAAGAAAAGUCAGCUAAGGUGUCCAGAAGAGAGAAUACAAUCAGUGAAGUUUCUGAGAAUGUUAAACGAAUGGAUGAAUUGCUGGAAGGUUAUAAGAGACAGGAAUUACCCAAAUCUGACCAUGAAACGCUCCAGAGCCUGUUCCAGCGCUGUGAGAAGCUCAGGCCGCUGCUCUUCCGCCUGGCCAGUGAGACAGUUGAUGAUGAUGAGGCUUUAGCUGAGCUGCUGAAGGCCAACGACAGACUCACACAGGUGCUGGGACGGUACAGGCAGACUGUAGGCAGUCAUGAAGAUGGUGGGGGAGAAUGUUCUGCCAGCAGCACCUCUGAUACACCAGCACAUCGAAUGACCCCAAGGCGCAUGAAGAGCUACACACUGAUCGACUUCUCUGAGCUGGAGGCCAUGUCCCAGUCUCCUGCAGACCAGUUUUCGGACAUCACCUCUGCCUCCCGACACAGCAGCACCACCUCUGCUUGUCUGCUGGAGGAGGAGCUGAAGUCAUUAGAUCUCAGCGACUCUCUGGUUUUACAGGAGCCACCGCCUGACUUUGGUUUUUCAGAGGCUGCUGUACACAAUGGAUAUAGUAAAAAUGGAAGUGCUGUUGAGCCACUGGAACUGGAGGAAAGCUGGGAAGGCAGCUGCUCAGAGAAGAUUGUAUUUCAGGGCCUCGUUCAGCGCUCUCCACCUCCCAGGACAAAGAUAUUAUCCUCGGAUUUAUCACCAAAGAAAUUGCCCUUUCCAGAUCUUCCAAAUAGCUCAAUGGCAGAUCCUUCAUUCUCCAGCCUAGGCUACAAGCUGAAGCCUGCUGCCUCUUUGCAUCCAGCUUCCAAUGAUGCUUCUCUAGCAAACCUUUUUGUCCCUUUAAUUUCAAUUACACCGAGUAGUAUCUGUCCACUUACAGUGUAUGACAAGGAUGGUUUCAAAGCUAUGCUCCACUUCUCCAGAGACCCAGCUCCAGGCCGACCAGAUGUGCUGGUGAUGGUUCUCUCCAUGCUGAGCACAUCAGCUCAGCCAAUUCAGGACAUUGUGUUUCAGGCUGCAGUCCCAAAGACCAUGAAAAUAAAGUUGCAACCAGCAUCCGGUUCUGAGCUCCCAGCCUUCAGCCCGCUGCUUCCCCCAGCAGUGGUGUCUCAGGUCCUGCUGCUUGCCAAUCCACACAAAGAUCCCAUCCGCUUAAAGUACAAGCUGGCGUUCAGGCACGGCGUGCAGCCCGUCAGCGAGGAGGGAGAGGUGACCGGCUUUCCCGGAGCGGAGCUGUGGGGCAGCUGAACUUCAAUAAGCGCAGAUAUCGCCGUUUGCAUCGGGGGGAAUCGGGGCCCAAAGCACCAGAACGGCUCCAGGCCUGGGCCGUGCUGCCCGUGUCCGGCUGAUCGCGGCCCUGCUGUGCGCUGUGUGACUGCAUAAAACCAAAGCUGUUGUCGGAA